AAUUGUGAAAAAACCUCUGCAGAUGGACCACUAUUCCCAACGAGAAACAUAGUCCACAAAGAUAGUGUCAGUCUCCGACGCCAUGAACAGGAUCGCUUCAAUUUCUCCGAGGCACCCGGAGAAGUUUCAGAGGCAAAAAUAGUCCGUCAAGUUUGUUAGUGUUUCUUGAUUUCGCUUCAGUUUUUCCUCUGGGUUUUUCGUAUUUUCUGUUUUCAGGACUGGGUUUUGAUUUUGGGUUGUGUGUAUGUGGUGAAUAAUCGGAGUAUCUAAGAAGAAGUUCGGUGGGGAAAGAAGGCACAGUUUCUUGUUUGAAAUGUUUUCAAGAAAAAAGGAACAAUGAGAAAGAUCACAGUUCAAAACCGGCAAAACUCCGAAAAGAGAUUGUAAGAAAUUCAUGUUCCCUACGAUUUCAUCAGCCUCAAAGUUCAGCCCAUACCCAGAAAGAAAGUCUUUUUGGAGAGAAAACGGUCUUGUUCGGACCUCAACCUUAUUGUCCGAUGGAAAAGCAUGUUUUCCUAUGACUUGUCUUCAAUUCAUGAAGCUUUGGAGUCAAAACUUGAAAUAGACUCUGGUCAGAACCAGAUUAACAUUGCAGGUUAUUUGGACUAAAAUUCAGUGUAAAGAGAGGCUAUUUCCAAUUUCCAGACCUUUCAAGGGGCCAAAGGUUGAGGCGCAUUGCUGAUUUUGAUACUAACUAUAUGGGUUCAAGUUUAAAGAACAAGGCUUCGUUUUCGUCCCCCUUGUUCUCUAUAACACUGCUAGAUUUCCAUCCUUCCUUGCCUCUCUGUGAUCCUAAAACCGAUUACUUAUCUCCAAGAGCCAAAUUUCAUCAUUAGAAACCGGACCCCAGAAUCGAAAUUCUCUUGAACAAAGAAAAUGGGUUGGAUCCAGAUGCACUCAAGCAGAAGAUAGUGUUAUGGCAUAAAUUAUCUCUGAAGACUUUACACAGUCCGAGAAUAGUCUGGCAGGGUCCUGACGAAGAUUUAAGGAAGAAGGAAGAGCUGGAGGUUUCUUCAGCUGGCAUGGUAAUAAAAGCAGAGGAACUGAAGAGAAACCUCAUUGUUCUGAACCUUAUCAAUCCUCACCAAUCAGUACAACUUUCAAUAAUGAAAUAUUUUAGGAUAAUUUGGCACAUAAAGAGGAAGAGAAAUUAUGGGCCCCUCUCUAGAUUAACAUUCUUCUCAGUAAUUCUGACUUUCUUAAUUGCAUGUGGAACAAUUUCUCUCACCCCUUGUCCCGCCCUCAAUGAGCUUGUUCUCAAAGAGGUUGGCUUAUCCGAUUGCAGUGUUUUAGAUGACCAAUUAAGAAUUAUGUUGUUUGCAAAAGUUUAACUUUUAUAAGCCAACAAGACAUAUUGAUCAGUUCUCAGGUACAAUUUAUGUCUUUUAUCUCUAAGCUGAAUAUUGAGAUCAGUGAAGGUGGAAAACUAGCUCAGCAAUAUGAUGUUUGGAACGAGGACGACUUUCUGAAGAGUCCAAUCAAGGAGGAAUUCUUAGAAUCUUGAAGAAGACAAGUUUGUGGAGCAAACGUUGUAAUAGACUCAUUCCAAGAGGAAGCAUAUGCUGAACCUGAUCCAGUGAGAUCUUUGAGAAGGAACUCGGCGCACAACAUGAUGACAUGUUAGAAACUGAAGAAAUAUCCUCUGGAAUAGAGCUUGGUAAUGCUUGCAAACUGCUGAGAGUGAAAAAGAGGUUGUCUCUUGUAUUGCAACUGAACAAUCUGGCUAAAAGUUCAAUGACGAUCAAUUAGGCGCUAUACUGCAGGAUCAGGAAAGUAAAACUGAAGCCAAACUGGGUAAUAUCUGAAAGACCUACAGUUGAGAAGUUUUGUGGUGUGACAAACAUCUUGGUUUUUCUGUCAGCCCUGUUAUUACUUUACUGAAGAAAGAAAGCCCAAGAAAAGUUGACUCACUAAACCAUUGUAUACAAAGUUGGGAGAUGCUGGAUUCACGGAAUUGGAGAAUCAGUAGACAAAUUUCAUAAGCAUUCUAUCCUGGGUAUUCUUUUCUUCUCUCUGGCUUUGUUGGGAGUUGCAACAUUAAUUUAUCAGCACAAGGCAAAUUCCAGCUUGGCUGGUGCUUAUGGGCAAUUUGAUUCACUUGUUGGCGCUGAGUGUAUUUACCAAGACAAGCCAUUUUCUCAGGAUUGGGAAAUGGAGCUCGAUUUGAUUGGUGAUUACCCUUCAGAUAUGACAGGUUUGCAAAGAAAGGGAUGAGAGGAACAGGUGAAGUUCAAAGCUUGGAAACAAGGAAGUAUUCCAAAGGGCAAUCAUUGGCUUCUUCAACAUAUCCACGGGCUCACCUUCCUAUUCAUAUGGAUGAUUCACCACUUUUAAGAUGACGCCAAUCAAGGAUGCCAAUGGAGACAAGGAAAUCAUAACACCAGUCAGGUGAUCAGGUCGAAUAACAAUUUGUCAGAUGUUCGAUAUAAUUUGAGUCGAUCUCUUGAAGAAACAGCAGAGUUCUGAUGCGAAACCAAAUAUAACCUAGUUGCUAACUUAGCUUUAGUGCUUCACUGCUUGUAAUUUUGCACACUAACAUAUUGAUUUUUACCUAAAUCUUUGAAUGCCUACCCUUAAGGCAUUAUUUUUCAGAACUUUGGGAUUAUUGCUGGGGCUUAUUAUGCCACAAGCUCUGCAGCCAUUGAUGUUCGUGUGGCUGAUGCCGCGCCUCAUUGGAUGGAUUCUUGACCAGGUUGGCAGUUUCUAAUAGAUACUCGUGAGCCACGCAAUCUGGUUCAUGUCUGUUUUAUGCAUUACAUCCCUUGCUUCGCAACCUGUUCAACAUACUAAUGUGUAUGGCUACAUAACGUCUCUGCUCCUUCCGCGAACAUCCUCUUGGUUUGCUUAUACAACAUGUCAUUGGGCCGUGAACAGAUAAUCAUGUGGAUUUGGUGCCAUCUGCAAUUGGAGAUGCAUCAUAAUUGAGAAAUUGGUCAUUUGCCUGAAAUGGCCAAUAACUCCCAGUCCACAGGCAUGCAGCCUGUUCGGCCCCAUAUAAUUGGUCAUGUGGGUCCUCCAAAUCCUCUUCCUCCCAUGUCAAUGCAAUUCCGACCUGUAGCUCCACCGCCGCCACCACAACCAUUUGUUCCAGUGCCGCCUCAGCAAUUUCAGGCAGGUGGACAUUCAAACAUGGGAAUGCCACCACAUCCUCCACCAAUCCAGUAUCCUCAAGCAGUGCCACCUCCACAACAGCAGCCACCCCCUCAAAGACCCAGUAUUCCAGGACAUGGUCUGCCACAAGGACCACCACUUCCAGCGCCAGAUUUCCAGCCCAACAGACCUGUGAUGUCUGCUCCUCCGCAGCCUCAAAUCUCCAAUAAUUUCAUGCCUAGUUUUGGUGGUCCCAGAAUUUCUCAUGUGUCAUACAGUUUAUCCUCGUCAUCUGGUGGCCAACAACAAAUCAAUGUGGUCUCCACGGCACAGCAUCUACCGAUGUCCCAGACAGAGGCUCCCAACUUUCCCGCUGUUGGGCAACCUUGGUAUCCUACUGGAAAUCAGAAUGUGCAACCAGUUUUGCCUAUGCAACAACCUGUGGAACAAAGUGCUGGGGAACAAACAUGGUCUUCAACUGUGACCCAGAACAUAAAGCCUGUCACUCCUUUGCAGCAGAAUGGUGAGCAAAAUGCUGGGACGCAACAAUGGUUUCCAAGUGGGAAUCAAAAUGUGCAAUCUAAUACACCUCAGCAGAAUGAGGAACAAAGUGCUAGCAUGGGGACGAAUACUCUGCCUGACCUAGCCAAAACAGAUUGGAGAGAGUACACCUCUCGUGAUGGGAAAAAAUACUAUUACAACAAAAGGACAAGGGUUUCUUCAUGGGAGAAGCCUUUAGAAUUGAUGACGCCAACUGAGAGGGCUGAUGCAUCUACUGACUGGAGAGAAAUCACUACUCCUGAGGGAAGAAGGUUUUACUUUAAUAAGGUGACCAAACAAUCAAAAUGGGCUAUUCCAGACGAAGUCAAGUUGGCUCGUGAGCGAGCUAAUAUGACUUCAAGUGAAGGGACACCGACAAUAAAGGAUGUAAAUUCAUAUGCAUCUGCUGCUGUUUCUGUUUCUGGGACCGAAGUAGCAAACCACAAUGCAGAUAAUUUAUCUUUCUCAGCUCCAGAAAUGGUGUCAAGCCCAGUUUCUGUUACACCUCCUGUUAAUCCUGAACUUGCAGCGGCUUCUGGAUCAUCAAGCAUACAAGAGGAGGUUGCUAAUUUAAAAUCAGAUGCAACUGGAGUGCACACUCCAGGGGAAAUUGCCACAUCAACAGUUGUGUCAGACCCUCCUGUGCCCGUUGCUAUGGCCACUUCCAUGUCUACACCAAUGAGAAUCUCCAAUAAGUCGCCUCAGGAUGCUGCACCUUCUUCUGUAGACACUUUUGCAGAGAGUGUAGAGGGAGCCGAUACAAGUGCAGGAAUUUCUGGAAGUGGAGGCAACAAUGCACCAGAAGUGAAAAAAGUAGAGCAUGGACCUUUAGUCUAUGAGAGUAAAGAGGGGGCAAAGAAUGCUUUCAAAGCUCUAUUGGAAACAGCAAAUGUUGGGCCUGACUGGAACUGGGACCAGGCUAUGAGAGUGAUAAUAAAUGACCGGAGAUAUGGUGCACUGAAAACUCUUGGAGAGCGAAAGCAAACUUUCAAUGAGUUUAUUGGGCAGAAGAAGAAACAGGAAGCUGAAGAGAAACGAGCUAGGCAGAAGAAAGCAAGGGAAAAUUUCAAGAAAAUGUUACAAGAAUCUAAAGAUCUGACGUCAUCGACGAGAUGGAGCAAAGCAAUAUCUAUGUUCGAAAAAGACGAACGUUUUCAAGCUGUUGAACGAGCUAAAGAUCGCGAAGACCUCUUUGAAGACCAUUUAGAGGAGCUUAAGAGAAAGGAACGGGCAAAGGCUUUGGAGGAGCACAAACGUCAUAAAGCUGAAUAUUUGGAAUUUUUAAAGUCUUGCGACUUUAUCAAGGCAAGCAGUCAAUGGAGAAAAGUUCAGAAUCGCUUAGAAGCUGAUGAGAGAUGUUCACGCCUUGAAAAAAUAGAACGCUUGGAAAUCUUCCAAGAAUACAUACGAGAUCUAGAGAUGGAAGAAGAAGAACAGAGGAAGCUGCGUAUGGAGGAACAGAGGAAAGCAGAGCGUAAAAAUCGUGAUGAGUUUCGGAAGCUGAUGGAGGAACAUGUUGCCGGUGGCAUUCUUACUGCCAAUUCUCAUUGGCGAGACUAUUGCAUGAAGGUUAAAGAUGCCCCUGCCUAUCUGGCUGUAUCUUCAAACACCUCAGGGUCUACUGCAAAAGAUCUCUUUGAUGAUGUUAUAGAUGACCUUGAGAAACAGUAUAUGGAGGAUAAGGAGAGAAUAGAGGAAACAAUAAAGAGUGUAAAGAUAUCCUUGUCAAUGAACUGGACUUUUGAAGACUUCAAGGGUGCGCUCCCCAAAGAGAUUAGCCCAAAACCAAUAUCGGAUAUCAACUUGAAGCUUAUCUUUGAGGAGUUACUAGAAAUUACCAAGGAGAAAGGAGAAAAGGAAGCUAAGAAGCGUAAGCGUCUAGCUGAAGAUAUCUAUGAAUUCCUUUUUACUUCAAAGGAAAUAACAUCAUCUUCAAAGUGGGAAGACUGCAAACCACUUGUUGAAGAGAGGUUCAUAGGGGAAGAGAGCUUUUUCCGAGAAAUCUUUGAUAAGGUCAUUAUUGAACUUAAAGAGAAGGCAAAAGGGAAGGAGCGCAAGCGAAAAGAGGAAAAGGCUAAGAAGGAGAAGGAGAGAAAGGAUAAGGAGAAGAAGGAAAAGGAGAGAAAAAAUAAAGACAGAGGAGGUGAGAGCAGAAAGGGUAAAGAGAGAUAUAAAAUAGACGAGACAGAUAGUGAUGAAUCCGAGUCUUACAGUUUGGAAGAGAAGAAAAGGUCAAAGGAAAGGAAUAAGAAACAUCAGAAGCGAAGAAUGGGUUCUUUUGAUGAUACGAGUUUGGAUGAUGAUGAGAAAGACCGGUCCAGGUCUCAUAGACACAGCUCAGAUUCCAAAAAGCCCAAGCAGAAGGAGAAGGAGAAACAAACAUGGAGUUCGGAAGCGGAUUCUGAAAGCCAAAGCAAGAGACACAAGAAGGACCAUUGGGAUGCCUCUGAUAAGAAUACUGAUCACGAGGAGAAUAAAGAUGGGGAGUUUGGUGAGGAUGGAGAGGUCCAGUAGCAUGUACUUGCUGGGGUGUUCAGUGUUGACAAGCUCGCUUGCCGAUUUAUUUAUGUGAUAUCGGUUAGAUCUAUUUCCUUCUCUGUGUACUAAAUUAUAACCCCGAAGAGGUUAGUUUUUCUAAAUCUGGUCCUCAAUCUAUAUAGAAGCUUGAAGCUUAAUUAUACAGUUUACUUAAAAUUUGAACAGUGAUUGCAACUUCUAUUUUUGUGGGGAUUUUAUUUUAUUUAAACAAUGAUGGUUGUUCAGCUGUA